AUGGGAGUCACACUCAGUCAAUUCUUCCCUCCAACUGCCGGUUUAACGGAGGCCAACCUACCCACCCAAGAGGGCAAGGUCUUCGUUAUCACAGGAGGUGCAUCUGGGAUUGGCUUCGAGCUUGCUUCCAUUCUGUAUCAAGCAGGUGGGAAAGUCUACAUUGCUGGACGGUCCGAAACAAAUGCAAAAGACAGUAUUACAAAACUCCAAGCUCGGCCUCUGACCUCCUCGACGCAAAAGGUUGGCACUCUUGAGUUUCUACAAUUGGAUUUAAACGACUUCAAUAGCAUAAAAUCUGCCGCUGAAACUUUCAAGAGCAAGGAAUCAAAAUUAGAUGUGCUAUGGAACAACGCCGGAGUAUCAUUACCGCCGCUAGGAAGCAAAUCAGAGCAAGGAUAUGAACUUCAAAUGGCGACAAACUGUUUAGGACCUUUCUUGUUGACACGUCUACUUCUUCCAUUGCUAGAAGCCACAGCCAAAAAAGCACCCGAAGGCUCUGUCAGAAUUGUCUGGACAAGCUCUCAGAUCGUAGAUCUCUCUCCUUCACUUGCAGAGAAGAUAAUGUCAGAAGUCACAACACCAACAGCAGACAAACAACGCAAUUACCUUCUCACUAAAAUCGGAAACUGGUUUCUAGCCAAUGAGCUGGCUCGAGAAGUGGGCAAGUCAGGAAUCAUCAGUGUCUCUCAGAAUCCAGGAAAUUUGAAAACUCAAUUGAUGAGACAUGCGAUGUGGAUGGCAUAUGCAGUUUACGCCAUCACGUAUCCCGCAAAACAAGGCGCUUACACAGAGCUUUGGGCUGGUUUAUCGACAGAACUUACGAUGAAAGAUAAUGGAGGCUAUGUUAUUCCGUGGGGAAGAGUGCAUCCUGCUCCUAACGAAGAGUUGUUGAAGGAGAUGGGAAGGAAGGAGAAUGGCGAAGGAGGUGUGGCUCAACAAUUUUGGGAUUGGUGCGAAGAACAAACUGCAAAGUAUAUGUAA